GCAUCAGAUGCCAAGGUCUCCUAGCAACUGGGCUCACCAAGGAGGAUGGCCAACUUCACUGCGGAGGGUGUCAAGACUGUUUUUCAGCUGCCGCAACAAAAUGGCCGCCAGUAUCUGAGAGCUUUGCUGGACUGGAAGGAGUUUGAUGAAAUUCGGGAUUUGCGCCGAAGCAUUUGUCUGGAUAUCUAUUACUGGAGCAUUGUGUUUGCUGCUGAGAAGGGCUUACCUUGGCCAGCAGUGGCAGAAGUGGGGAAGUUGACUGGGGAGCUUCUGGAGGAAACCAAAGGAUUGCCUCCUUCACAAGCCAUCAAAAUCCUUCAAGAGAAGCUUUCUACCUUUCAGGUGAAGCUGCCUCCAUUGAACCUGCAUGCCAUCUACGAUUACUUCCACAACACGCUCAUAAAGCAUUAUUCGUUAUACCAAUUUGUGCUGACCCGGGAAAGAGACCGCCAUCAAACCUUUGGCAAUUUGGACAUCCAUGCUCCCCCUAGUCCUCUACCUCUGAGAGAAGGCAUGGAGCUGGAAGCCUGGAAAUAUGAGCAGAAGCUGGCUGCCUUGUCGGCGGCUGAAGAUGAAAAACAAGCCGACAUGGAGCACAUCCGAGAAACCUUGCAUGCGCAGAGAGAAAAUCUGCUGCAGGAGGUGUACCAAAGUGUCAAAAGCCAAGCCGAUGGCCUGAGCAAAGAGGUUGGCUAA